AGGGCCAGGGGGUUAUGGCUGGAAUGCCCCGGACCGUCGCGUCCCUUUCUUCCCUCUCCACCUCUCAACGCCAGGUCCUAAAUAGCAGCCCUUUUCCAUCGGUCCGCUUCGGAUCCAGCUAAUAGUGUCGAUCCUGCAUGGAAGUAAUGAUGAUCCAAGAUGGCCAUGGAGAACGACACCAGUAGCGGGCCAUCCAGGAAGCGGCUCAGAACGUCCCACGCAUGUGACCUGUGCCGGUCCAGAAAAAUAAGAUGUGACGGUAAUACGCCAUGUGCGGCUUGUUUCGCAACUGAAAACGACUGCACUUAUGGAUCAGAAGCCAACUCCUGGCAUAUACACCACAGGAGGGGAAAGAGCGAUCUCAUUCUAGAAGGAGUGUUGCGUCUUGAAAAGUAUCUUCACGAGUUGAAUGCAAACAUUGCAGCAUCGCCACACUUGGUUAACCGCAGUUCUUCUCAUCCUGUACUGUCACCCGCGGUCGGCUCAUCAGUUGGGAGAGGGAGCUUCUCCGGCGGCUCCUUAACUGACCUGCGAAUUACGCCUCGCCUUACCCUCUGCCCACAUCCGGACGAACUAGACAACGUCAACAACCUGGAGAAUGCGGUUCUAGAGUCACGGCGCACUUCUACAACGGAGUCAAUUCUGCAAUGGCCCCAUUUCGAUGUCUUUCCCAGUCUUCGCAAUGACUACACUUCCAUCUUUCACCUUGAGCAGUCUCGUCCUCGCAUCAGAACGAAGACAGCAUACAUCCAUCCGUAUAUGACAGAAGAAGAAGUCGACAGCAUUUUGGGCGCCUUCGAGCAUGCCGUCAACUUCUGGUAUCCUACAACGUCACGCGAUCAGCUGCAGGACGCUCGGACGAUGAUCACGAACGGAAACUUUGACGAUGACGAUGGGCUCCGCGUCUGCCUUGCUUUACUCACUAUGGCACUGGGUUGUGCAAGCAAGGUGACGGCGGGCUUGAUGGAAGGCCCUCCCUGAGAGUGAACAGAGACGCAGAGCAAUCUAUCGUGCAACAGGGGAUAUGUACUUCGAGAGUGCGCUCAAGAAGCUCUACGUUGCCCACAUGGAUGUCAACUCCAUCGCCACACAAUGUUUUUUCUUCGUUGCCCUUUACUUC